AUGUUCAGCUUUCAUUUACAGUAUGAAGGGCCUAGAAUUUUUCGUGAGGCUAAUAAUCUGAAGUCGGCAGUAGAACAGAUUGACAUUUUAAAAAAUAAAAUCCAAAAAGAACUUGACAACAGUCGCUGUAGCGGUCCUUUUACUGAGCCACCAUUCCCUAAUUUACAAGUUUCUCCUUUAGGGUUGGUUCCCAAAAAAGAGCCAAAUGAGUACAGAGUUAUACAUCAUUUAUCCUUUCCUGAGGGUUCUUCAAUUAAUGAUGGUAUUUCUCCGGAAUAUUCUACUGUCAGUUAUCAAACAAUUGAUCAUGCCAUUCAGCUUAUGAAAACAUAUGGGAUAGGGUCGCUAUUAGCUAAGACAGACACAGAGUCAGCUUUUCGGCUAAUCCCCAUUCAUCCAGAGGAUUAUGAACUGUUAGGUUUUAAGAUAGAGAGUCACUAUUAUUUUGAUCGGGUUCUGCCCAUGGGCUGUUCCAUUUCUUGCAGGUUGUUUGAGGCCUUCAGCUCUGCUAUUCAUUGGAUUUUAGAACACAAGUUUAACGUAGCAGGGGUAGUUCAUGUUUUGGAUGAUUUUCUUUUUGUAGGCCCUCCUAAUACUGAAAAAUGUCUCACGGAUCUAACAACUUUUUUACAAUUUUGUUUUGAUACUGCCAUUCCAAUCAAACAAAGCAAAACAGAGUUCCCCACAACCUGCCUCACUUUUCUAGGUAUUGAGUUGGAUAGCGUUGCUAUGGUUGCUCGACUCCCCAUGGAUAAAUUAGAGAAAAUGCGGGAUUGUGUGAAGUUGUUUUCUAGAUGCCGCAAAGUCACUCUUAAGGAACUCCAGUCACUGAUAGGCUUGCUUAACUUUGCUUGUAGGGUUGUUUUGCCAGGUCGCCCUUUUUUGCGUCGAUUGAUUGAUCUAACUUGUGGCUUAACAAAACCACAUCAUCACAGGAGGCUGAGCAAAGAGGCUCGGGCUGAUUUAGCCGCUUGGGGACUAUUUUUGGACUAUUUUAACGGCACAUCCAUGUUUUUAUCUGAUAAGUGGGAAACAUCAGCACAUUUACAGUUUUACACUGAUGCGA